AACGUUAUUGCCUUUUUAACAUCUUUGCUUUCCUUAUUAUAAAUUAAAUUCUGUUUCGUUCUCUGGAGUUUUGUAAAAGGAGCUAUGAGUAGCUCAUCUUGCAACCCAGAAAGUUUACUUGGUCAUUCCAAAUUACGACAACAGUUUUUAUCAUUGCGAUCGUCGACGAGUUCACAGACGGACAGUAGUACGUCUGUUAACCGUGAACCGCCCAAGCCGAGUUAUGAAAACGAUAAAUUAAAACGGGGGUUGACCCACAUGUUCUCACGUCAGAGGACUUCCAGCACCACUUUGCUUCGUAGUCAAAGUUCCCUCCAACGUCCACCCCGACCUUCCUUGAGUAGCUUUGCGCUACCUCCGCUGUCACCCAAACUCCACGAACGUCUUUCGUUGCCUUUUCAAAGUCCAAAAGAUCAGCAGGAAAUCCAAUAUGGCAAGAAUGGCUGCUGUCUACCGCCAUCUUUCCCGUCGAGUCCUCCUUAUUCCCCUGACUUUUCCUCCGAAUACAAACGUCCGUUCUCGCCACUCUGCCACCACCACUCCUCAUCGUCUUCCAUUCCACUCUCUAACUUUUCAACCGCCUCCACUGUCCCUGCCAUGUCCUUUCCAUUAACCGUCGCCGAAUGCCAUGCAUGGAUUGCCGAGCAGUGUGGUCAUUUACUUUAUCUUAUUAAUGACGAUCCUAAUCCCACCCUUGCUACCACCGUCUUGGACAGUACCGCCAUUCUCAUCACUGCACUCAACUGUCCUCCCAUUGUAAAGGCCCAAUACCAUCAAACGCGACAGCAACUCUGCGAAUACUGGGAACGUCGUCAACAACCUCUCAGAGAACGUAUUCAACAUGUGGUAUAGUAUCCUCAACGAAAAGCAACAUGAACCACAAAAAAGAGAAAACAGAUUUCAGGUUCUGUUUCUGUCCACCGAGUCAUGAUCUAUUUCUCACCUCCUUAAAUUUCUUUUUAAUCAUGCUAUUCCACCGAAAAAAAAAAAUUAACAGGAUGGCUCCAGUUCCCGGGGAACUAGACCGUCAAGCGGCACCAAAUCAG